GUCACCAUGUUGACAUCAAACCAAGUUGGUUUUGCAGCAAUGUUAAUGCAAUUUUGUUUCAAGAACGUCCACAGCUUCUUAGCAGCCCUGUUGGGAUGGAUUUUGCGGGACUCUGGCACGCAAGUGCAACAAACACUUGUCGGAAGGAUCAGUCGACCGAAGACUCGCCCCAAAGAGCAGAAAGAGGGAUCCAGCACUCAGCUGACUACUCCAAGCAGCGUAAACUACCACUUUACCCGGCAGUGCAAUUACAAAUGCGGAUUUUGCUUCCACACUGCGAAGACCUCGUUCGUCCUGCCUAUUGAAGAGGCAAAGCGAGGCUUACGACUUCUGAAAGAAGCAGGAAUGGAAAAAGUCAACUUUUCGGGUGGAGAGCCCUUCAUUCACGAGAGAGGUAAUUUUCUGGGAGAGUUGGUGCGAUACUGCAAACAGGAGCUGCAGCUGCCAAGCGUCAGUAUCGUUAGCAAUGGAAGUCUGAUCACAGAAACCUGGUUCCAGAAAUACGGUGACUACUUGGACAUCCUGGCAGUAUCUUGUGACAGUUUUAACGAGGACACCAAUAAAGUCAUAGGUCGAGGUCAGGGCAAGAAGAGUCACCUGGACAAACUACAUAAAGUUCAGAACUGGUGCCGGGAGUAUAAGGUGGCUUUCAAAAUCAACUCAGUUAUCAAUACCUACAAUGUGGAUGAAGAUAUGACCGAGCAGAUCAAUGCUCUGAGCCCAGUGCGCUGGAAGGUCUUCCAGUGUCUGCUAAUUGAAGGUGAAAACGCAGGGGAGAACAGCCUCCGCGAGGCAGAGAAAUUCAUCAUUAGCGAUCAGCAAUUCCAAGACUUCCUGGACCGCCACCAGAGCGUUAAGUGUCUGGUUCCGGAGUCUAAUCAAAAGAUGAGAGACUCUUACCUGAUUCUUGAUGAAUAUAUGCGCUUCUUGGACUGCCGAGAGGGGAGGAAAGAUCCGUCAAAGUCUAUUCUGGAUAUUGGUGUGGAAGAGGCCAUCAUGUUUAGUGGUUUUGAUGAGAAGAUGUUCCUCGUAAGAGGGGGGAAAUAUGUGUGGAGCAAAGCUGAUAUGAAACUGGACUGGUGAACUGUCUCAGUGUUGCUGUUUUUACUCUGUGUUUACAUUGAGACCUGAUUUAAUUUAUAAGUGUUAAAUAUAUGGUAAUAAACAAUUGUACAGUGUAGUUACAGAAGUUACAACACAGCUCCAAAAGCUGGUUGGAUACAUUGGAGUGUAAAUGUCUGUGUUUUCACUAUUUUUAAGAGAUUCUACUGCACUGAAAUACUUGCAUAUAUAGAUUAUUAUGUAGAUAUGAUUUUGUAUAUAUGAUUUGUAUAAGAUUUGUAUUAUGGCAUGCUUGCUUUUCAUCUGGAAUAUUUGCAUAACCUGAAAUAUGUUUUUAAAUUUGACUGUGCUAUGGUUGUCUUUGUCUUGACAUUCUUAGCAGAAGUAAUUGAUUUAAUAUAAUCUUGGAAGAAAAUUAUUGAUAGAUUACACAGUUUGAUUAACUGCACUUUGAAAGCACUUUGAAUUAGAAUUAAGAUUUAAGCACACCUUUGAUGCUUUAAUUGCCAUAGUGUAGAAUUGACAUUUGAGUUUGUAGCUCCUCAGAUCGCAACUUUGGAAAACUUACAAAAGAACUCUAAAGACUUUCUCCUGUAACCAAAUUAUUAAAUAAAAAGCUUUGAGGCACUUGUAAUAUGUAGUGAAGAUCAUGAGGCACCCUGAAAAAGGAAUCUAUAGAAAAUGAAAUGAUUCCUCAAGUAUGUUUUCAUUUUUUUUAAA